AUGUCAUGGGACUCAAUCGAGUCGCGUGACUUCCUCGGCGGGGUGCCGGCGCACCAGCUGUCGGCCACGCGACUGCUCAGCUCCCCUGAUACCUCGCGUCAUCAUCUCGAUGAACAGCCUGAAGUAUACCCAUUCUCUGAAGAAUACAAUGGCGGCGCUGAGCUACGCAACGGAGCCCUACGGUGGGGCUCCCGCUUCGGGCCGGCGCACCGCCCGCCCACCGCCGGUCUACUGGACUGCUUCAGAGCGUGCCGCUCAAGACUUGACCAGUACUUAGCUAGGAGAAAGAUUGAGCGCGGCGUACGCCUCUAUGGUCAGAACGAACAGCGGCUGGCCGUCAAAGUAUGGCUGUCGGCGCUCCGGGGCGUCCGCCAUCGCAGCGACAAGUUUGCGCUGUUGGGGCAUCUCUAUCAGGCUUACAUGGACUUUGGAAAAUACAGGGAAUCGCUGGAGUUCGCCAACCGACAACUAGGAAUUUCCGAAGAACUGGACUCGGCUCCGAUGCGCGCGGAAGCCUACUUGAACUUGGCAAGGGCGCAUCAGACUCUUGGUGGGCUCGACAGGGCUCUCUCCUACGCUCGCCACGCGCUUUACAACGACUGCGGCGGAGGUACCACGGCGGGCUGCGUGCACCUAACUGUGGCUGCCGUCAGCUUGGAGUUGGGCGCCUUUUCGAAGGCCAUGGACGGGUUCCAGAAGGCGUUGGCUGUGGCACAGGCGCAGAAUGACAACACUUUGCUGUUGCAAGUAUACGUGGGUCUAUCAGAGCUCUGGCGCCGCCUCCGAGACGCCGAACGCGCGGUCGCCUGCGCAGCCCGCGCGUGCGACCUCGGCCGCGGCCCGCGCUCUACUGACCUCAACACCCGCCAUCACCGCACGGCGCUGCUGCAGAUGGCGGCGGCGCUGCGGGCGAGGGGGGAGCUGGGCGACGCGCAUGACUAUUGUAACGAGGCGCUUAGACUGGCAGCAGUGGCAGGAGACCAGGGUUGCUACGCGAGAGCCGUGAGGAUAGCAGGCGACGUGUACAGGAGGAAAUGUGAUGUGGGAAAAGCUCUAAGGCAUUACGAAGUAGCAAUGGGUGCUGGGCAGGCUCUCGGAGACAGGCUGGCUCAAAUGGAAGCCAUGGACGGAGCGGCGAGGUGUCUGGAAGCCCUUCGUCUGCAGGGCAGGAUCUGUAACUGCAGGCCAUUGGAGUUCAAUACGAGGCUGCUGGAGGUCGCCACUUCUGUUGGGGCUAAGAUGUUAGUCCGCCGAGUCCGUCUCCGCCUAGCAGAAAUCUACACAGCUCUAGGCGACAACAACGCGGCCGCCAGACAGAAACGAGCCGCGGCGGCGUGGGCUGCUCCCGCGUGCGCGCGCUGCCGCGAGCCGCUCGCCGAGCAACCGGAGCCGCUCGCCUCGCUGCCUUGCGCUCAUAUCGUGCACCACGCUUGUAUGCCCGAGUCAUGGUCCCGGCGUUCGACGCGUAGCCAGGGCGGGGCGGUGGGGGGGCUGCCCGAGUGCGCGGAGUGCGCCUCCCCCCGCGCGCCGCGAGCCCCCCCUCCCGCGCCUCCUGCGCCGCGUACGCUGCCUUCGCAGGACUUUCCAUUCGGCACACCGCCCACGCUUCGGGAUUCGGAUUUGAAUUCAGUAGUUUCAGACCACAGCAGCCAGCAAGCUACAUCAAGCGUUUAA